AAGCCCAAAGAGAGAGACAAAAAAAAAAAGAGAGCCAUUGAAAACCGUCAAAUCCCCAAGCCAUCAAGUGCGUGCCCCUUUAUUUACCGCGUGCCCCCCCAACAGAUUCCCAAAAAUCACCGACAACUAACACAAAAAAAAUAAAACUGUGAAUAGUUGAUUAAUUUUGGGACUUGAGACUUGAGUAAUUGAUACCCCAUUAUGGAUUUUAAGUGAUGUUUUUCAUUCAGCCAGAGUCAUCUCCACGACAUGACCAGUCUCAUGAUGUUAUUCUGGUGUGAAUAAUCGUGCGAAAGUGUUCAAUUAUUUGGGACUAGAACUGGGCGUCCCGAUGUUGUAACAAAAAUUAAGUCAAAAUGGAAGAGCAGAGCGUUCACAGCAGUAUCAGCGAUAUAAAUAGUGAAGAGCCAGCAAAGACUGAGCCUGGUGUCGUCGUUCCUAGGAAGAAGAGGAUAUGCCUGGUGGGAGCUGCUAGCAGUGAUCCAGCUCUUGGUACUGCUGCUCAGCAGUUUGGAGUGCCUGUUCUCAAAUCAGUAACUGGGAUUGAGUAUGUCGAGGACACGACUUACUGCACUUAUUUCAUUCUGAGGGAAUUCGAGGGCCCGGAGUAUGAGACACUCCACAAAAGUGCUCACAGAAUUUUGGGACCAACUGCACUUUUGCAGCUUGCUGAUAAAAAAGAGUCUCUGCCGAGUAUCAAUCGGCCCAUGUACACGAGGGCUAUGCUGGGAACUGUCGUUGUUUUCACUGGGUUCAGGAAGAAGGACGAAUUGACGAGGCUGAUCAAUAUGAUCCACUGCAUGGGUGGAAGCAUCCGCAAGGAAGUCGGUGCAAAGGUGACACACCUGAUCGCCAACUGCUGUGGCGGUGAGAAGUACAGGUAUGCAGUGACCUUCAGGGUGCCUAUAAUGUCGAUGAAUUGGGUGCUGGCCCUUUGGGAGGGCAAGGACGACGCCACCAGCUAUGGGAGCAAUGAGGAUCUCAUCGUCCAGCACAAGCUGAAGCCCUUCUACGGUGCACGUGUCUGCUUCUUCGGUUUUCCUGAUGACGAGAAAAAGCACAUGGUCGAGGUACUCCAGCAACAGGGUGGGGAACCCACGGAAAUUGAUGACCCAGAGUGCACACAUGUGGUAACAGAUCUAGGUAAUAACAGCUACAAGAUCGCAGACACAUCAAACGUAAACUCUAGAAUCUGCUUCGACCACCCGUAUUACCUAUUUGCCCCCCUCUAUACGGAGAAGCCUUGGGCCCCUGGAGUGAAGAUCCCAGAGAAAUCUCUGACAGAUGAUACUGGCAUCAGCACCUCCCAGGACAGCCUUGUGUCAACCUCUGAUUCAAUCUCCAAUGAUUCCUUGAAGAAUCAGAGCCAGGAUUCAGCGAUUUGCAUGGAAUUCACGAGUAAAGAGUCCAACGACUCCGUAACGAGCACUUCGUCAUCCCAGAUAUCUCCAGAUGGUGUGAAACUCUUCAGGGAAGUGUCAGGUUGCCACGAGUUGAAUUACUCCAAGAGGCACGUCCCCAGGAGGCGAUUCAGAUGGAGAAGAUCGAGAUCUUGCUUCAUUCUUCCACCGAUUGAGACGUCGAAUCAAUCUCGAUUCGUUAAAAUUUACUCACAUCCCAAUCUAUCGAAAAAUAAUUACGACGAGGAGUUGAUGGACUCCAGGAAAUUCAGGGGGAUGAGGAAGUCUAAGAGUCAGGGGCAGCAGGGGCAGCAGGGGCAGCAGGGGCGGAGAAUUUUUGAUGUGAAUUUUCCAUUUGGUUGCAAACGAGAGAUUAAAACUGGUGGAUUUAGGAGAAUUGAAACGAGUCAGGAUGCAUCCACCUUCUCGACGUCUUCCUCGGGGGCUUUUCCUGGAUUCAAAGUGCCCCAGGUGCCAGUGAAAUUUCCAAAAAAUCGGAGAACUCGGGGGAGGGAUACAACUGGACAGAGGGAGAAGAGAUGUUUGAAAAAAUUUGAUGUCGAUUAUUCUACGGUUGUGGACGAGUCCAAUGUGAAUUCGUUGCCAGAUCUGGCCUCUGUCAGGGCUCAUAUUGUCAAGGCUGAAUGGUUUUGGACGUCUGUCCAGAAUGAGGGGGCUGCUGAUGAAAAGGAGUAUCGAUUUGAAGAUUAUUUGGAGUCAGUGAUGUCACCAAGUGCCUCGUCUCGAAGGGAGAGCCAAUCAGCUGCGACACCCACGACAGCAUCCACGAGGAGAAAACGUAAACGUCUAGCAGAGACUCUAUCCAGUCUAGUACAGAAUGGAGCAGAUUCACCUGCUGUUCAUAAAAGACGAUCUAGCAUCAGUGAUGCUGGACAUCUGAGUGUCAGCGGGAGUUUUUUAGAUUGCACUGCCAGUCCUGACAAGCAGAUGCUCGAUGAUAUUCCAGAGGUCGAAGCUGUCACUACAGACUCAGCACGCAAGAAUCUCUCCCCGAGGCAUCAGGUGGUCCUGGAGCUAGUGCAAACCGAAUCCAAUUACGUCGGCAUUCUCAGUACAAUUAUGACGUUAUUCAAAUCCCCCCUUGAGGACUACAUAGAGACGAGCAACGAAUUGCUGAAUAGUACAGAGGCAAAAAUAAUCUUCGGUAAUUUUCCCCCAAUCUACGAUGUCCAUAAAAAAAUGCUGGAGGAGUUGCGAUAUUGUGCAGCCCACUGGACCGAGGACACAAGCAUAGGAAAUAUAUUUCUGAAAUACGCCCCAGACCUCGUUGACACGUAUCCCCCCUACGUGAAUUUCUUCGAGAACACAAAGGAGAUGUUGGAGCAGUGCGACCAGAACAAGCCACGUUUUCACGCUUUUUUAAAAAUCUGUCAGACAAAACCAGAGUGUGGGAGACAGAGUCUUAAAGAGCUGAUGAUAAAGCCUGUACAACGAUUGCCCAGUAUUAGUCUAUUAUUAACCGAUAUUCUUAAGCACACGAAUAAGAAUAAUCCAGAUCACAGUGCCUUGGAGCUUGCUAUCAGCAGUAUUAAGGAAGUUAUGACACAUAUCAAUGAGGACAAGAGAAAAACUGAGGGUCAGCUUGUCAUGUUCGAUAUAUUCAAUGAAAUUGAUAACUGUCCACCCCAUCUAGUCUCGUCACACAGGUCUUUCAUUGGUAAAUGCGAUGUUAUGGAGCUCGGGGAGGGGCUCAGUGGUCGUGGUGAUCAUUUGGUACUUUUUUUGUUCACUGAUACCAUGGAGAUAUGCAAGAAACGUUCCAAAGCAUUCAAUUCACUGAAGAGUCCCAAUAUGGCCAAUGGAUUGCACACGGCUAAACUCAGCCAGGGAAAACCCUAUAAACAUAUUAAAAUGUUGUCUCUCAGCACAAUUAAGAAGGUUGUCGACAUUCGGGAAACUGAUGAGUGCCAGAAGGUUUUUGCCCUCAUGGUUAGGAGCAAUCAAGAGCUGAAGGAGAAAUUAUUUUCAUUUACAAUUACUGAUGAGGAGGUCAAUAAAACAAAUUAUCUUAAAACUUUGUGCAGACAAAUGGCGAAUACUGUCUGUAAAGCUGAUGCAGACACUUUUCUCAUCAGUCUGGACUCUCAUCAACUGGAAAUUGAUACUAGUGACGUCGCUCUGGGAACCCUGAGCAAAGCAUUUAAGAGCCUAUUUCAUAAUUUUUACCUGGAGUAUAUGGAUCCAUUCGCCACACGUACGAAGAUGAAAGUUGGGAGAGCAUUCAGCUUCAACAAAACACCCAGCAAAUUAAAAAGGGCAAUGUCCACGAUGAUGUCUCCAUUUGGUUCAACCCACAGUCUGACACCAGCAAGUCAACAGCUUGCGCAGAUGCGAUUGGCCAGUUGUAACAAUAUCAAUGAACUGGGCAAUGGUGGGUCAGAUUCGUCAUCUAGAGACGAGGUUCUCGUUGCUCCAAUGUCAGUUCAACCGACGAGAAAAGCUAAAUGCAGUUCCCUGAGUAUCGCCUCAUUAAGAAGAAACUGUUCGGAGGAGGUCAUUGAGGACAAAUCGAACAUUUGAGAUAUUUUUCAAUAAAGUGGCCUUUUUUUAUUUAUUUAAAUAAAAACAAGUGGAAUAUUGUGUGGAGCUUGUGAUUGUGUAUAACUGAGGAAUCAAGUGCCUGAUAGAAUUCCAGUAUCGAACAUUGUAAAUAGAUUAAUAGAUCGAUCUCAUUUUUCACUUUU